CCCCCUCUCUAAACAUAUGAAACACAAUUUUCUCAAGAGUCCCAAACAACCCAAAAUCUUAGGAUUCUCAACUCUUAAUCCCUCUAAAAUCCUCAAAGGCCAAAGCUUUUGGCAACUAGAAGCAAAACCCAGUUGGCAACAAUGGCUUCUCCACCAGUACCAGUCAUUUUCUUCUUCUUCUUCUUCACCAUCACUCUCAUCCCACUAACCCACUCUGUUCCUUUCGUUGUUUUUCAUGGAAUCAGUGAUAAAUGCAGCAACCGAGGAGUCACACAGUUCACUGAGCUCUUGAGCAACUGGUCGGGUUCCCAAGGAUACUGCAUAGAAAUUGGGGAUGGAUCGUGGGAUUCCUGGACAAUGCCCUUAUCGGAACAGACGGCCAUUGCUUGUGAGAAGGUGAAAAAUAUGAGUGAGUUAAGUGAUGGUUACAACAUGGUUGGACUUUCUCAGGGUAGCUUGAUUGGACGAGGAGUAAUUCAAUUUUGUGACGGAGCACCUCCUGUGAAAAAUCUCAUAUCACUAGCAGGUAUUCAUGCUGGUAUCGCUUCUAUUCCAUUUUGUAAAUCCGAAUGGGUUUGCGUUCUUCUGGAUACAUUAAUCAAGUCGGAGAUCUACAGCGACUUUAUCCAGGAACAUUUGGCUCCAAGUGGUUAUAUUAAAAUCCCAACAGACAUCGAUGCCUAUUUAAAAGGGUGUAGGUUCCUUCCAAAGUUGAAUAAUGAAAUCAAAGCGUCGAGAAAUUCCACUUAUAAGGAACGGUUUGCUAGCUUAGAGAACUUAGUCUUGAUUAUGUUUGAGCAAGACACUAUACUGAUACCCAAGGAGACCUCAUGGUUUGGAUAUUUCCCAGACGGGGCCUCUGAUCCUAUUUUGCCUGCGCAAGAGACCAUGUUGUACACUGAAGACUGGAUUGGUUUGAAAACCUUGGACGAAGCUGGAAAGGUUAAGUUCAUAAAUGUGUCGGGGGGCCAUCUGCAGAUCUCUCGAAGCGACAUGAAAACGUACAUUGUGCCAUACUUGGAAGAUGAAGACUCAACGCAGCACAAGAUAGCAGAGCCUUCAUUUCCAACAACACUUUCGUUAAUCUGGAACAACUACUUGGAUCUUGUUGGACUCGGUGAGCAUCAGAACGUGGUGCUGAGGGUUGUGUAAUGUGAGUUUCGGGGUUUACUACUCUAUGCACUAUAGUCGAAUGGGACUUGCUAUGUCUGUUUAUUUUUUGCACCAUUGGAGAAGGGAGAGCGGGUUGCAGUGUAGAGACGGUGACAAUUACUUUUACGAUUGCCGGCUGCCGGCUGCCAUAUGGUUUCGUAAUCAUUGAUGUAGUACUUUGUUAAGCAAUUUUACGGAGACUCUACAUUGUAGGAGAGUAUGUAAAUGACUUUCCCAACUUUAUUAUACUUUUUAUCUUCCA